AUGAGACCCUCCACACUGCCACAGCAGUUAGAUGAGGCCAUGAUGACGGGGUCACAGAUGCUGCUAGUGAGCGUCCUCCUCUCCCCCUUCGUGCUCUUCAGCGCCAACAGCAGAAAUGUUCCUGCAAGUGCUGAUGCUUCCAUGUCCAUGCGUGUUCUGCGGAGUCUGAAGGACAAAUACAAAGACCUUCUCAGCACCAUUGAAAAGGAGAGACGAACUGAUGGCUCCACAGAGGUAGAGACUACAUUUGUUUAUGCAUGUGUAGGUUUGGAAGAUGAGAUGAAGAACAUGAAGGUUGAUGUGGAAAAGCACAAAAACAAAAAUAAAAAACUGGAGGUGGAAAAUUUGGAUCUUAAGAAGAAGCUCAGGGAUGAGGUUGCUUCAAACAGACAAACCGGUUAUGAAACAGCACUUCGCAUAGCCGAAAUGCAGUUAAAAUUGACUGGUUGGAUUGAUCAAAUGGGCUCCAAAACAGUCAAGAUCUCCAAGUUAACCCUUCAAGCCUUUUCAAAGUACAUUGAAUUCAAAGACCUGGAGAUAAAGAUCAAAAAAGCCAAAGACUCCAAAACUAUUUCUGACUUGAAAAAGCAGUUGGAGAAGAAGAAGGAGGAGCUGAGACUUGCAGAACAGGAGCUGAUAGCCGCAGGGGGCUCCUCAGGCUUGGUUACACAAGUGAUCAGUCUGCAGGAGAAAAUUCGUGAGCUGGAAAGCAGAGAGCCUGAUGAGGAUGUAUUAGAACAGAUAACUGAGUUGAAGAGACAGCUGAAGGAGAAGGAGAAUGAGCUUAAGAGCCAAGGUGGUAGUGACGAAAGCACUAUGCUGAUUCCAGAAAUUGUUGCAUCACAAGAUGACAUUCUGAAAAUAUACACCAAGAUACAGACUUUGACAGAUCAGUCCAAGUCCAAAUUUGCUGAACUGGAAAGACAGCUGAAAGAGAAAAACCAACAGCUGAAACGACUACGUGAUUCCUCCUCAUCUGCAGAUAUUUCUGAACUUGAGAGAGGAGUGAAAGAGUUAGAGGGCAAAAUGGAGGCUGAACGGAGGGAUAAAGUGUCCAUGAUCAAAGGGCUUGAAAAGGCUUUAAAGGAAAAGAAAGACCUCUUACAGGGCAAGAUCAAGGAUCUCCAGGACGACCAUGACACUGACUAUGACCUUAUGCUGAAGGUGCUCACACAGCAGUGGAGACUGGAGGAGGCCCAGAGUGCCUCGUGCUCCGGGCAGCCAGACACAGACCACCUGCUCGCUGGACUCCAGAAGCGACUGGAAGCCAAAGAGGAAGAGAUCCAGAGCCUUGAAGGACAAAAGAAAAGGCUUCAGAAACAACUGGAGGAGAAGUCUGAGGAAUUCUCAGAUCUUUCAAACCAGAUAAAAGCUGCACGGAAGGAACUCAAGGAGAAGAGUGAGCAGCUAGAAGCAACAGAAGAGGAGAAAACAAAACAGAAAUUGAAGUUACAAGAGAAUACGGAGGAAAAUGCCAAACUGAAAAUCAGCAUUGCAGCCUUGGAGAAAAGCAAAGCUGAGACAGAAGACAGUUGUACGUCUCUCAAGGAAAGAUACACAGAUUUGAAGGCAAAGUUUGAGGAAGACAUGACUCAAAUAGAAGGCAUCCCUAAAAUAAUUAUCAAGAUGAACACGUUGAACAGUGAAAUCGAGAACCUGAAGAGGAAGAUAGACCGUGAGUCGGGAGACAAGACAGAACUGGAGAGAAGACUGGAGGACAAGAAGAAAGAACUAGAGGAGGCAGAGAAAGAUCUUGGCAACAAAAGUCCAUCUUCCAAAGCCAUCAAAGAGCUUGUUGCGGUAAUAAGGGAACGAGUGAAAGAGGAGCCCGAAAACAUCCAAGACUAUUUAAAACGGAUAUCAGACCUGGAGAAGGAGCUGGAUGAAAGGAUUGCUGCACUGGGUGACAAGGAGGCAGAGAAUGUUCAAGCCACGAUCAUGGUGAUGGCACUGCAGGAUGAGGUCACCCAAAUGAAGAUAACAUUAUCCAAGGUCAAAAAGAACACUUCCCAAAAGAUUGCUGAAAAAGAGGGUGAACUGGAGAGGAAGAGGCAGGAGAUCAAUCAGAUGAAAGCAUCUGACUGUGACAAGAGUGAGAAAAGGAAGGAAGAGAUCGCCAUUUUGGAGAGAGAAGCCAGAGAGCUGGAGGCUCAAUUGAAGCGUCUGAAAGAUUCCGCUCAGAGAGAUAUUGCAGCUUUGGAAAAGCGUCUGAAGGAGAGAGAGCGGGAUCUGGAAGCCAACACUGAGAAAUUACAGAGUGUGGAUGAGAAGAAAGGAAAGCUACUUGCAGAGACCAUCAAAAUGCAAGAUGAAAUUAAUGCUCUCAUAAAUGGAGAGAAAGACCUAAAACAACGGACUGCUGAUGAAAUUUCUGACCUCAAGUCACAACUUCGACUGAAGGAACAAGCAAUUACUACAUUAAAAGAAGCGAACAAAGACCUGAUGAGCAGUGCUGAGGAGGCUAAAGAAUGCGCUGUUUUGAAAACGAGGAAUGAGGAUCUACAACAGGCACUGGACAAGAAAGAUACGGAUCUGUCCAAAAUGCAAAAUGAAAGAGAUGAAGCCCUAUCCUCACAGAAGAAUGCAGAGGAUGAUCUUAAAAAACUGAACCAGAUUUCUGCUGCUUUGGAGAAUGAGAAAAACAACUUGCAGGAUUCCUUGAAUAGAAAAGAAAAAGAGAACCAGAACCUUAAAGACAAAGUUGAAGACUUGGAGAAGAAGAAAAAACAAGAUGAUGAAAAUGCAGUUCACGUUGCUCAGCCAGCCAUAGACCCUGGCACAGCUCACCCAAACCUGCAACUGUCAAAUGGUAACACUGAAAUGAAACUCCUACAGACAGCACUCAAUGUGCCUGAAGGCCCAGCACGCUAUAAUGUUGUUAUAGGGGCUCUGGCUAGCACUGGGUUUGAUCAAGGCAGACAGUACUGGGAGGUUGGUGUGGCUGGAAAACCUUGUUACGUAUUAGGGGUAGCUGGUGAAACCGCUCAAAGAGAAGGACGCAUAAUGUUUGACCCCAGGAGUCAGUACUGGACCCUGGUGUUGACAAGAACUGGUAUUCUCAGUACAGGUGCAAGAAAGAAAACUAAGCUGAGAGAGGCAGGCCAACCCAAGCCAACAAAGAUCGGAGUGCUGAUAGAUUUCAAAAAGAGAGAAAUUGCCUUCUAUGAUGCAGGAACUAGAGCUCUCUUGCACAUAUUCAGUAACAUAGAAGUGAAGUCAAGGCUCUUCCCCUUCAUGAGUACAUGUGAGGACACUGAGCAGGGUUCACCUCCAAUGGUGUUUGAUGCAGUCACCUCUGCUGAUUGGCUGAAGCCUUAACAAUUACUCUCUUAAAAUGGCUUCCCACUGCUUCUAAUGUCGAGUUUAUCUUUGCAUCUGUUUUGUUUUAAUGUCCAACUGCCAAUUACAUCACAUUGUGUGCACAUGAUCAUACAUUAAAGUGAUAUUAUA